UUUAUUUUUAUUCAAGUAAAGAUCGAAAAUUUUCUUGUUCAAGAAGCUUGUUUACAGUUUUUAAUCUUCUCUGUGAAAAAAUGAUGCAAAGAAGAGUCAAGAACCUCGAUUUAUUUUCUUGUCAAAUAGACAAAGGUGACAGUGAACUGGGGCUUUGUACUUGUAUCUUCUUUGAUCCAGCAGAUGAGGAUGGAAAGGAACCAGGGGUUUUUAUAACUGAAAUUAUUGAAGGAGGUGCAGUUCACAAACUUGGAUGUAUCCGUGUAUUUGACCAGAUUAUUAAAAUAGGCGACAUCAAUCUAAUUGGAUUGGAUGAAGGAGAAAUCGUCUCUACUUUUAAAAAAAUGGACGAUUCUCCUUUCCAGAUUGAAAUUGGACGCGAACCACCUGAAGUGAAGUCAGAACUUAUCGAACUCCUCGAGUUGUCAGAGGAAAGGAAGAAAUAUUUUUUUAAGGAUUCGCUCAUAGUUCAGGAAAAAAUUGGAGAUAUCACAAUUGUGAGAGGACAAGCAAGUAUUUAUAGAACACCAAGAGAACCAUGGUACUGGAUGGCCAGUGACCUGAAAUUUGGUAUUGGGGCACUGAAAAUAUUAAUAGAAUUAGAUGAGGAAUGUAGAAAAGACUUCCAAGCGAUCUUUCACCAGGCUAACAUUUUUCAAGACAAAUAUAAAGACAUGAACACAUACAAAGUGAAUAUGGAACAGAAACCUGAUGAAUCAAAUAAAGAAGGCACAUUUUUACCAUUGGCCCCAGAAGAAGAAUUAUUACUAGAACAAUUUAAAAUAAAACCUAACGAGAUAAAAAAUGAAGAUUUAUCACCAGGGCAAUUAUUAGGCCAAGGGGAUUUCAAUUCAGGUGAGAAAAAUGAGGCCUGGAGAAGAUAUUCAGAUAAUUACCUUCCCAGCUGUGACUUCAUGGCUUCUGGCUCUAAAAUCAAGAACAUAGAGACCCCAAUAAAAAAAGAAAAAGAAGAAGAAGAAAUAGUAGUGGAGGAAGAGAUUAUUAGCACUGGAAAACCUACAGAUGGAAAGGCUAAAAAGAGAUUUUCCUGGUUCCGCAAUAUCAAAGAAUGCAAGCUGUGGAACUUCUUUCAUUUUAAAAAACAUGACAAACAAGUAAAGAAUGUGCACAAGUGGGAAGAAAUUGAUCAAGAGGUAUUGGAUGAUUACUGUCCUUAUUCUACUGAAGCCCCUAAAACAUUGCCAACAGAGUGGACAAAUAUUGAAGUUGGUAAUUGGUUAUGGAGCAUUGGAAUGGAGGAGUAUGUUGUAAAAUUUUAUUGUAAAGGAAUAAAUGGUGAAAAACUCCUUACACUGGACAAUCACUCGCUAAAAGACAUCGAAGUCAACAGGAAGAAAGACCGCCAGAAAAUACUUAAGGCUAUUAAGAAAGUUAGAGAUUUUUGGGAAAAAAAUCAUCAUUUCGUCCUACUAUAGAAAUUGAUGGAAAAAAGACACAGAACCUGAAAGAUAUGGCAAAAAUGGAAAAAGCAAUUACUUUUGUUAUAUUUACUUUUCAUCACUUUACUUCUAUGUUACUUUUGUUAUAUGAACUUUUAAGGAAUUUUACUUCCAUGUUACUUUUGUUAUAUGAACUUUUAAGGGAUUUUACUUCCAUAUUACUUUUGUUAUUAUUAACUUUUAAUCAUUUCACUUCUAUGUUACUUUUGUUAUAUGAACUUUUAAGGGAUUUUACUUCCAUGUAACUUUUGUUAUAUUUACUUUUAAGGGAUUUUACUUCCAUGUUACUUUUGUUAUAUGAACUUUUAAUCAUUUAUUACUGUUAUUUUUGUUAU